GGUGCGGACACUGGGUCACUUACUUUGACCAUCAUCAAAGUCUACGCAUCACUAAUGUGAAAAUGUUGGAAUAGCGUAAUUUUAAACGCUAUACCGAAUACAAGUACCUAAAAAUACGCAACAGUAGUGCCAAGAAAUGUAUUCUUGUCAUUGAAUCACUAUUUAGUGCAGGAAUAGAUUUCCGCUCGUUAUAUUCGCAUGCAACCAAAAAGUUUUUGAACAGAUUUGUUCGGUUACGGCAUUCUUUUAUCAAUGCUGCGAAGGUUUCGAUAAUGGUGAAAAUAUGUCACAGUUUAGUCAGUAAAUACUAAGUAUAGCAAAUUGUAAAGAUUUUAAUACUUGGUCAACGUACUUGCGACUCAGAGGAGAUUGGAUAGAAAUUUGUAUGAAAAUAAAUUGGCUAUUUUAAAGAAGCUACUGGUAGGUAAAAAAAUUUGAACAAAAUUGAAACUGGUGAGGGUUAAAGUUGACCAUCUUCGUGGUACAUCACGUCCGUAAUAAUAGCGACGAGUCUACGUGAAACCAGUUUUCAAAACGUUUGUUCGACACCGCGGUACAAAAUGUGCGCGAAACAAAUUGCGCGACGGUACGGAAUUUGAACGACUAGCGUCACCUAGGAAUAAUCCGAGGAAGCUGAGCAAUAAUAACUGGCUCAUCUGUCAGAUGAGUCGAUGUUUGAAAAAGGUUAUGUUGCGUUGUGGUUGAUAAGAAGCGCAGAAGCACCGAUUGGUAGCAUCUUAUAUCCAUGGCUGCGUAAUGACAGUCGUAUUGUGAAGGUUAAUCAUUUUCAAAAAAUGAAAUUCAAUGAAAAGGAACUCGCUGAAGCCAGCAACGGACCCGCCGACCUCGAGGGUCGACUAAAUCACAAGAGAGCACACAAGUCGGGUUUUAAAGAAAAAUGGUUCAAGCUACGAUGGAACCUGCUCUUUUACUUCAACAUCAACGACCUUGGUCAAAUCGACAAGAGGCAGCCCUCGGGUGUAAUGGUUUUGGAAAACUGCAGUAUUAAUUUGGAUACAACGACUGAGGGUGCAUUUGCAUUUAGUAUAUCGUUUAGGGAUGAGCAUGAUAAGCGUCAUGUCUUUAGCGCUCAAUCGGAAUCAAAAGUCGAGCAGUGGGUAAUGAUACUAAAACAGUCAAGUUACGAAUAUUGGCGAUCUAGGCUGAUUACGUUACAAGAAAGGCUGUGUAAGAAAACUGGUAAAGACCCCUUGCUGAUGUACCCAAGAAAUCAAGGGGUGGUUAGAGAUCAAGCUUGGGAGAACAUGCCCAGCUUCAAAUCUCACGUUCGAAAUCUUAAAUCUACCGUCAUCACAUCCUCUGGAAUUAACACUUUAACCAGAGAAGUUAAUCUUAUUGAAUUUUGACAAUGAAAAGUAACGUGAAUGGCUUAGGCGCCGGUCAUUCUUCAGACUGUUAAAGAACAAAAUUAAAGUAAAUAAACUCGAAUAAUUUAGACUUAAGCUGUUAUGAAUCCACAAACUAUCACAGAACAGAUAUUAGAUUGGUGUAUAUGUGUAUGAUAGUAAAGAUGCCGGGAAAAUUUUUAGCUAAUCAUAUAUGUAUGUACUGCUUAAUUCGUGUGUUGACAAUACGAAUAUUUUUACUAUAAAGAUUAAUGGAAUAGAAUCUUUGCUAUCGCUCAACUGAUGUACACCAGUGUUACAAUAUUUUUAAGGUAUUUAAAGUAUAACUAAAAAUAAUAACCUCUUAACGAGUUAUACUCUCAAACACUAUUAUUAUAUAUAAAAAAAAAAAAACUGUUUUACCUGAAUUAGGCAAUAGCAUUAUAUACACACACAAUUAAGUAUUAAACGUUAGAUUGUAUUCAUCAGAAAGAAAAUCCUGUUGACACUUUGGCUAGUUAUUAGUUUUAGCCCCUAAUAAUCCCGAUACCAAAUACUCAUCGAUUUAUUUAUUGUAUUAAUAUUUGUAUGUAUCUAUGCAUCACGAAUACUGUUAUACUCAAUACAAGCCUGUGUAAUUUAAGAAAAAUUGAAUGUAUUUUUAUAUUAGAUUUCGAUAGUUUUUUGAAACAGUUGUAUAAAAGUCUGCUAUACCAGUCGUUUCGUUGCCUAUACGAACAUGUAUAAAUCUACCACAGAUUUCUGUUACCGUACAAAAAAUGUUGCCGCGAUUACGACAAAAUAACGGUUCUAUAGAUGUACUAGUAAAGAAUAUUUUCAUCAUUAGUCACGGAACACUUUUUAAUUAAUAAAACCAUGUACGUAGUUAACUACACUGAGCCUUCCACGAUGGAAUCGAUUUAAACGUAGACUGCAGUUAUCCUGACAUUUUUCUGCAAGAAAAUAAAUCACAUUUACUCGUC